AUGGAGCAUGGGUUGCGAUUGGCGUGCGAUGGUACCCACGACAUCUCCAACAGCCGCAUCAAACUGAUUGCUGUUGGUUGGUUGGCGCAGCAUGUCCCCCGUCAGAGCAUCGAAACCACAUUUGUGCUGCUUGGUUUCGCGUUGGCGCCCAGCGAAAACCACGUGGCGGUUCGAUUGCUCCUUGACAGCCUAGAUGCACAUGUGCGUGAGCAUCUAGGCGAUGGCUUGCGGAAAGCAUCAGUCGCUCACAUUGAUGGUGGCCCUGCUUUGGUUAAGGCCUUUGUGGAUUUUUUUGGCCAAGAUUUCCAGUUGGUCCGAAGCCUCGAGCAUGUCAAACGCAACAUCCGGGAGCAGGGUGUGAAAAAGCUGACGCAGAGCUCUUGGUGGACCUCUACCAAAAGAUGGGUAUCGAAAAGCGCCUUCAUUCGCAAUACUGCACGGGACCAUGUGCAAGUAGCAACAGUAGGGGCGGUAAACUGA